CUAUCGUUCGAACGUUACGGUCAGAGCGAGAGUAUUGCAAAAAUAAAACCGGAUAAGAAAAAAAAUUAAAAAGAGAGCUUUUUAUUUUUAAGCGUGUACUAAAAGAAACGCAUAAAAUAAUUAAAUAUUUUAUUUAAAUAUAAAAGAAAAUUCUUCUUUAAAGAAAAUAAUAACAAAAACAAAUAUUUGGAAAUUAAAAAGUACAGCUUUAAAAAACGCGUACUUUACCAAAACAAAAAAAAAAUUUUUUUUUUUGUUUUUUCUUUUUAUUUUAGGUGGGUCAUUGAAGUUAUUUAAUUAAAAUAUGAUUAUUAGGAAAAUUAUACUACCAGUUUUAGUAUUAUUUGUAUGGAAUUGUUUUGGACAAAGUGCAAACGAAUUAGAUGCCAACCAACAGCAACAGAGUUUGUUCCAGCAGCAAGAACCGCGAGCAUAUGUACCAGAUGCACAAUAUUUAGAUUUUGUUUAUCACGAUCAUGAUGAGUUAACGAGAUUUCUAAGAACAACCAGUGCUAGGUAUCCUAAUUUAACAGCUUUAUAUUCUAUUGGUAAAUCUGUGCAAGGACGUGAUCUAUGGGUAAUGGUAGUAUCAGCGUCGCCUUAUGAACAUAUGAUCGGCAAACCUGACGUCAAAUACGUUGGUAAUAUACAUGGAAACGAGCCGGUUGGAAGAGAACUUUUAUUACAUUUGAUACAAUAUUUUGUUACUAGUUAUUAUACAGAUCCAUAUAUAAAAUGGCUAUUAGAUAAUACUAGAAUACAUAUAUUGCCAGCAAUGAAUCCAGACGGUUACGCUGUGUCAAAAGAAGGAUCAUGUGAUGGUGGUCAAGGAAGGUAUAAUGCCAGAGGAUUCGAUUUAAAUAGAAAUUUUCCAGAUUAUUUUAAGCAAAAUAAUAAAAGGGGACAACCUGAAACCGAUGCUGUCAAAGAGUGGAUUUCAAAAAUCCAAUUUGUUUUAAGUGGUUCUUUGCAUGGUGGCGCUUUGGUCGCUAGUUAUCCAUAUGAUAAUACACCAAAUUCUAGAAUAUGCAGAUCAUCGGCACUAUGUGCGAGUGAGUACUCUCCAAAACGGUAUAUUUUUCAUCGUUUCUUCAAUGAAAUAUUAUUUCAAUUACUGUGUGAUUCUAUAAUUACACAAUUUAUCUUACCAAUAUUUUUACCUAUUUUUUCAACAUGUCCCCUUGGUGCAGUGUUUCAAAGUUAUGCCUCAGCACCAUCACUGACACCUGAUGAUGAUGUCUUCAAACAUUUAUCUUUAACAUAUGCUAAUAACCAUGCAAAAAUGUCACGAGGUGUCGCAUGCAAAUCAGCUACACCAGCCUUUGAGCAAGGAAUUACAAAUGGUGCUGCAUGGUAUCCACUAACUGGUGGUAUGCAAGAUUAUAAUUAUGUUUGGUACGGGUGUAUGGAGGUUACAUUAGAAAUUUCUUGCUGUAAAUUUCCACCGGCACAUGAGUUAAGAAAAUAUUGGGAAGACAAUCAAUUGUCUCUGAUAAAAUUUUUAGCUGAAGUACAUAGAGGUGUGCAAGGUUUCGUUAUGGAUCCCAAUGGUGCACCAAUUGAACGUGCAUCAUUAAAAGUCAAAGGCCGCGAUGUUGGAUUCCAAACAACUAAAUUUGGUGAAUUUUGGAGAAUACUACUACCUGGCGUAUAUAAAUUAGAGGUCUAUGCAGAUGGGUACUUACCAAAGGAAGUCGAAUUUAUGGUUGUGGAACAACAUCCUACAUUAUUAAAUGUUACGCUUCAACCUGGAAAGCCUGAACCUGCAAAGCAAUCUGUGAAAGCUGAUGGUAGAAUAAUUUUUCCGGUUAAUUGCAACGAUACUACUGGGUGCACUGUUGUAAUUUUACGAUCUGAUGGUGGAGCAUUUUUAUAUCGACCAAUUGCGUCGCCGCCACAUUUUAGACCACAAUCUCAACCACAAAUCGGAAGUGAAACUGGUAUCUUUACGUCGAUUAGCAACAGUUUAAAUAGUCUCUAUUCAAAUAUUUUUGGUUAAAAUCUACUUAUGCAUACAUAAGUAUACAUACAGAUAUGUAUGUAUGUAUUAUAAAUAAAUGCAUAUUUUCUAAUGUACACCCACAUAGAAGUAUAGUUUUAAAAUAUUAAAGAACUUAUAAUUUUAGAAUAAAAGAAUUAUAUGUAUAAUUUUCAUUAAAAAUAAGUUUAAGUCAAAUAUUCUUUUGAACAGUUUUAGGAUCUCUUACGACUUUGUACUCGUAUUGUUAUUAUGAAACUUUUUGUAUUGUCGUUUUCUUGUUUUUUUUCAAUAUUAUUGUAUAUGCGAAUUUUAAAAAUGAGUGAAAGUAUUUAUUUUUCAACUACAUAAUUAAAAAUAUUACAAAUACUAUAAAAAUUAAAAAUACAAUGUUAUAAAAAUUAUAAAGAAAAAUAAUCAAAUAACUACAUAUAUGAAGAUUUCAAAUAAAAAUUCCAAAAAAUUACAACUUAAUAAAAAAACAAGUCGAUUUUAAUUUAAAAUUUUAAUUGAAUAAAAGUACUUACAGUUAAAAAUUUGUUAUUUACACGUAUCUAUAUACAAACAUACUUAUUGUAAAAAAAAACAUAAGUUAAUUUUGUUACGAUAAAAGGUACUUUAAUCCUUCAACAAUAAUAAUUGCAAUCUCAGCAAAUUGUAACAAUAGCUAAUGUUUGAUAAAGCACAUGCAAUUCAAACAUAUGUAUAUGGAAAACAAUUCAUAUUUUUAAUCUUAGUCUUUUUAACAUGAUACUGUAGAGAGGAUUGAUAUUCAUAUACGUAUACAUAUUCAAAAAAUAACAUAGGAAGGUAAUAUUAUAUAACAAUUUCAAUAUCGGAUAAAUUUAGUCGUCCUUUUACUGCUUAUAUCACUUUCGAUUAUAUUGAAACCCAGAAAUGAUACUUGCUUUUUUCGUACAUUAUAAAAAAAAAAUUGAUCUGUAAUUUGUAGACUCGGCCAAUAAUGCACGGUGACCUAAAUAAUCUAUUGUUGUGAUGUAAAAUUUUCAUUUGUGUGAAAAGAAGCAAUUUAUGAUUAUAUUUAAAAUGUAAAAAUGUCACUAUAAAAAUUUAAAUUUUAAUGGAAUAUUAAAAAUGAUUUUUUAUAUUUUUCUGUCACCAACACAUUUUUUUUUUAAUUUAACUUUGAGAGUUGAUAAAAAUAAGUAUCUUCAUAUAUAUGCUUUAAGACGAACCUUUAAGAUUGGUUCGAAAGUAAAUAUAUAAAAUUAGACAAAACUAAAUUGAGUAAAUCGAUUGUGUUUAUAUUGCCUUACCUAUAAAAACUGCUACAAAUAACACACAAUAAUACACUCACAUUCACGUUAAAAUCUUAAUUAUUCACGGUUUCGAAUUUAGUCACAUUUCUUGUUCUUACACCCAAUUAUGAAUCUGAAUUUCUAUGGCACACUACUUUGGUCAACAACCAAUUUCUAUUUAAAGUUUACUUUUAUUUAAAGCACAAUAUGUGUGUGACUUUAAUAUAAUAAAAUCAACAAUAAUAAAUUUAUAGUAAUUGAUUUAACCGCAAUUGAAGUAAUAUUAACAAUUUUGAGUUUUGGAUAUUUUGAGUAACAAAAUUAACUUACGUUUUUCUUUAUUAAAAAUUUUGAGAGUAAGAAGUUUUGACGAUUUUAAUUUACGUAUGUAUACUUACACACGCACAAACAUAUUUGUGAUAAUCACAUUUUUGUUUUCUUAUACACUGACAUUAACUUUUAUUAAUAAAUUGUUUUCUUUUUUUUAAUGUCUCUAAUGCUGGGACUAAAUUAAUAUUUAUAAUUUUGUAUAUUUGUUUAAGAUUUAAACAAAUUUGAUCAAAAAGAGAAAAUUCUAAAUUAUAUUUAAAUUGCUUUUGAUGAAAA